GUGUGUCUACGCUUCAGACUGUCCGUUGCGGCUGCUGCUUGUAGGGGAUCAUACCUUUUGGAAAAACAGAAGUCGGAUAAAGAGGACCAAUCUUUCUAAAUUGUCUGAAUAUACAUUCUCCCACGUAAAAAGUCUGGAUCUGCCAACCUUCAUCAACUACUACAUAUGUGUUCAUAUGAAUGUCAGGCUUAGGAGCAGGGUGAGGAGGUUCCUCGAAGAGAAGUAUCAGACCCAAGUACCCAUAACAGGUUUUGCCCCUUCAGUGCCUGAACCAUCCAGAAGAAUUCUGGAACAGAAUCUUGGCCAAUGAAGUCCCCUGAAGGAUCCUGUUGGCCAAUGGAGUCCCCUGAAGGAUCCUGGACCCCAGCACUGGAACUGAGUGACAGAAGAUGUGAACUGGAUCACACAAAUCCCUAGAAUCCUCUACCCGGAGGGAAGCCCUCUGAGGGCCAGAGUUUACGAAUUCCCAGAUUUUCUUUGAAAUCCUCCUAAUGAGUCAGAAUGUAACAAUAUAUCGUCAGAGAUAAUAACUAAGCAUUUUAGUGAGAAGAAUUCCAAUUCCAAUCAUGUGUUGAUUCCCAUAGUUACCCAAGAGUUACCCAAGGCAACUGAUAGUAUUUGAAACCUGUUUUACCGCCCAAUUGGUCUGCAUAAUUUAUAGAAAUACCAUUUCGCUUGUUAAAAGUUUUAUCAUCUGAAAUAUAGAUUUUCUUUACCAUGCAAGGAUCAAAAGUGUAAUUUUCAAAUCUGAGGGAGUUUUUAGUCAAUAUUACGCCCACUCCCUUUAAUGCCUUACUUGAGGUAAAUAUUUUAAUGCUGUCGUUAUCUCAAGAAACUGUUUUACCAAGAUAGCGUACGGGAAAGCUGGUCUUGGACAUCUUACAUUUUGUUUCCUAUUGUACAGUAAUAAUAAUACUAAUAAAAAACAUCUAUUUUGCCCAAAUAAAUGUUCAUCAAGUGUAGACAGACAGGGGAGGUAUGUCAGAAAUAACCCAGUGGUGACAUUCACAUGGAAAAGUUUGAUCAAAAUGAUUUGUAAAAGUUUAAUACACCCAUGGAAAAACAUUUGUUUGCCUUUCAAAUAUCAUGGCGUGUGAUGAUUUAGCCAGCACUCUGAGACGGAAAUAUUUAAAACAAUAAAAGUUUAAUCUGCAAGUUUCAUCUGCAUGGGGGAAAACAAAUUUGAUUGCCUCUCUAAUUUCAUGGCAUGCGAUGACAUGCCCUGCAUUCUGAGACGGAACAAUUUAAGACAAUAAAAUGCUUAAGCGUCUUGUGGAUUAAUUCAAGAGUCCUAGCAGAGAUAUUUCAACAUUACUGGCUGACAGACUCUCCAACUCUUCGGGAAUCCCCGUCACAUGUAGAGCCGAGCAGGAUUUUCCAAAAUGGCUCCCUCUUGGAGACUGGGAGCUUGUUGCAUGUUGGUGGCACUUGGGCUUCUGCAUUGCUGUGGUCGUGGAUGGUCAGAGACAACGAGGACUAGUGGCAUUGCCAUGGGUGGAACUAAGGAGCAAGAGCUCCUGUCCCACGACAGAGUGAAGAGAGGAUGGGUGUGGAACCAGUUCUUUGUGGUGGAGGAAUACACUGGCACAGAACCGCUCUACGUUGGAAAGAUCCACACAGAUUCGGACGAAGGCGAGGGGAACAUCAAGUACACCAUCUCUGGGCAAGGGGCUGGCACUAUCUUCAUCAUCGACGAGCUGACAGGGGACAUCCAUGCCACAGAGCGAUUGGACCGCGAGGAGCAGAGCUUCUACACCCUGAAAGCCCAGGCCCGGGACCGACUCACCAACGAACUGCUGGAAUCUGAAUCCGAGUUUGUCAUCAAGGUUCAGGACAUAAACGACAGUGAGCCCAAGUUCCUGGAAGGGCCCUAUAUCGGAAGUGUGGCGGAGCUUUCACAAAUAGGAACGUCUGUGAUGAAGGUCACUGCAUCGGACGCAGAUGAUCCUACUUAUGGAAGCAGCGCCCGGGUUGUGUACAGUGUCCUGGAUGGGGAGAAGUUCUUCACUGUGGACAGACAGACAGGAUUGAUUCGGACAGCGGUGGCAGAUCUGGACCGGGAGACGCAAGAUCGCUAUGAGCUGGUCGUCAAGGCAACGGACAUGGCAGGCCAAAUGGGCGGUCUCUCCGGCUCCACUACGGUGACGAUAGUGAUCACGGACGUUAAUGACAACCCGCCGCGCUUCCCCCAGAAAAUGUACCAGUUUUCGGUGUCCGAGGGGGCGGCCGUGGGGACGCCGGUGGGGAGGGUGAUCGCCACGGACGCGGACAUGGGGGAGAACACGGACAUGAGCUACCUCAUCAAGGAUGAGGAGGGUGGCGAGCUCUUCAAGGUCACCACUGACGGCAACACACAGGAGGCCGUCAUCGCCAUCAAAAAGCCCCUGGACUUCGAGAGCAAGCGCACCCACAAUGUGGUGGUGGAGGCCGUCAACAAGCACGUGGACCCCCGGUUCCUGGAGCUGGGCUCGUUUCGGGACCAGACCAUUGUGCGGGUCAGUGUUACCGACACGGACGAACCGCCAGUUUUCCACCCAGCCGAUGGGGCCACCAUGGAGGUCCAGGAAGACGCCAGGCUCGGGGCCCUGGUUGGCACGGUGACGGCAAAGGACCCAGACAUGGAGAACGCACCUGUCAGAUUCUCCAUUGACCCAAAUACAGACCAGGAGCAGAUCUUCCACAUUGAUCCAGUGUCGGGCGCCAUCACCCUGGGCAAGGUUCUGGACCGAGAGACGGCGGGCUGGCACAACAUCACUGUCACGGCAGUGGAAUCAGAUAACAUAUCCCAGAUAUCCCAUUCAUCAGUCAGCGUACGUAUCCUGGAUGUGAAUGAUAACCCUCCUGAACUGGCCACACCCUACGAGGCAUCUAUCUGUGAGGACGCCAAGCCGGGCCAGCUCAUUCAUACCAUCAGCGUAGUGGACAGGGACGAGCCCCAGUCAGGACACCACUUCUAUUUCACCCUGGCGCCAGAGGCCACCAACAACCGUCACUUCACCCUGUGGGAUGUCAAAGACAACACAGCGGGAAUCCGAACCCAGCGCUCAGGUUUCAACCGCCACGAGCAGAACGUCUACCUGCUUCCCAUUCUGGUGGUGGACAGCGGCCCUCCCGCCCUGAGCUCCACAGGCACCCUGACCAUCCAUGUGUGUGGCUGCGACCCCGAGGGGGCCAUCCAGUCCUGCAACGCCACCGCCUAUGUCAUCAGCACCGCCCUCAGUCCUGGGGCUCUCAUAGCUCUGCUGGUCUGCAUGCUGAUACUCAUAGUCCUGGUGCUGCUAAUCCUGACCCUGAAGCGGCAUCGGAAGGGCCAGCGCAUGUCUGAGGACGAGGAGGACAUGCGCGACAACGUCAUCAAGUACAACGACGAGGGCGGCGGGGAGCAGGACACGCAAGCCUACGACAUGAGUGCCCUGCGCAACCUGUACGACUUCCCAGAGGCCAAGAGCGGGUCCUCGGAGUCCGGCCCCGACCUGCGCAUGCUGCCCCAGUGGAUCCACGGGCGGGUCAGUGGCGACGGCGGGGCCGCCGACUUCUCCGUCUUCAAGGGCUACAUCUGCAAGAAGGUGGAGCAGGCCGACGCCGACCUGUCGGUGCCCCCCUACGACUCUUUCCAGACGUAUGCCUUUGAGGGCACCAGCUCGCCGGCUCUCUCGCUCAGCUCGAUCCACACCAUGUCCGCCACGUCGGAGCAGGAUUUCUCCUACCUCAGCGACUGGGGGCCACGCUUCAGGCAGCUGGCCGGCUACUAUGUCCCGGUUAAUCCGGAGGAAGAAGGGUCCUAGCAGUGUCCUCGCCCGGUACCGCGCACCUCCCCCCACCUCCCCCGGCGAGUCCCUCUAUCCACAGCACUGUACUAAGAGUCCAUUGUCAACACUGUUCUUAAAAGCCCUCCUCCAGCCGAUCCAGUGACAGAGCCCGAAGCCCUGUCCGUGGGAGUUGGAAAUCGAUUUGUAAAAAAAAGAAAAAGAGAAAAAAAAAGAAAGCAUUUUCAUUUAAAAAUCGUGCGUUUUCAAGGAGUCUUUGGGGUUUUUAAAGGGGUUGGAACUUCAGGGUGAGAGGUGGGCUGAUUAAAUGAGGGAUGAGAGGACAUUUCAUUCUCUUUUCCGUUUACAAUAAGGAGCAAAGGAGUGCAACAUAGGUUCACUACUGGUUACAGUCCUAUUUGCUUUUACAUUUCUUUCUGGGUAUAUUUAUCCGGAAUCACUGUCCAUUUUUAGCUGUGUGAGUGUUGAAACUGACAACGUUCAAAGUUAUAUGAACGUUAUGAAACUCAACAUGUGUUUAUGGGUUUGUUCCCAAGCCAAGGCAAACUCUCUGAGAUAAACAUGUAUUUAUUUAAGAAAAAAACUAUUUAUGUAUUUAUUCAUUUAUAUUUAUUUAUUUAUUUUCUCCAGUCACCCUAUAACAAUGGACAUUGCUGAAGAAUGAUACAGAAACAAGGAAAGAAAAACAUUUAGAUGAAAUACUGAGAAGUGAAGUGCAUCUAUGGAAGCGGUCAGCAGUGGACGGUUACACUGUGACAAAGGUUAGACUCUAUCUGGGUCACAGACAACCACAGUCUUGGAAAUAUUUGUAUUUAUUUUUUAGGAACAAUUUUGUAAAAUAAACAGCUGACGACUGAAAGACGUGUGACUUCAAAGGAGUGAAAGAACAAACGAUGAGCCAAUCCAGAGCAAAUAUUGGUUUUGGUUGACAUCCUUUGACUGUAUUGUGAAGAUUUCUAAUGGAUUGUAAAGGUUGUGGGACAUUAUGUGUUUGGUGGGUUUUUGCUUUUAUUUUUCGUAGCCAUUUUAAAGGCAAUAAGGCACAAUCUGCACGAGUGAUUUAAGACUAUGAAAUGACUGUUUCAUGGAGGUGGGAAUUUGGUUCCUGAGGAGUUCCUGAGGAGUUCCUGAGGAGUUCAGGUUCAUUCCAGAAUUUCUAUGUGUGAGUGUGUAAUAUGCGUACAACUUGUUUGAUAUUCCGGACGAUUUGAUUGCUUUUGUUCUUUUUGGUUUAUUUUCUGGGGUGGAUGGAUAUGUGAAGACUUCACAGAUGAAGGGAUGAGAAGAUGAAUUUCCUCCACCCUAGUAUCCAGAACCUAUUUAAUGUUGACAAACUUGCAAAUGUAUGGAAAAUAA